GGGGGGGGGGGGGAAGAAAGAAAGAGGAGGAAAGGGAAGGAAAGAGAAGGGGAAAGGAGGAAGAGGAAAGGGGGAAAAAAGAGAGAGGGAGAAAAUCUUCCGUCGCCCCCUCCCCUUCCCUUAAAAAGAAAGGAAAAAAAAGGAAAGAAAAGAAAAGAAAAAAGAAAGAAAGAAAAAAUAGAGAGAGGAGGGGGGCUCGCGGCGAAAAAAAAAAAUAAAAUAAAGAAAACGGCAGGAGCGGCUCCAUCCGGCGGCAGCGGCGGCAGCAGGGCAGCGGCAUCCGAGGCGGAGGCAGGCGGCAGGCAGGGUCCCCUCGCUCCCCGCUCGCCCCCGGCUCCCGGCCGGCCGCCUCACCCCCCCCAUUCCCCGGCAGCCCGCAGCGAGACGCGCCCGCGCUCCCCAGCACUUUUUUGGGGCCGAGAUAUGGCAAUGGUAGUUAGCAGCUGGCGAGAUCCGCAGGAAGACGUGGCCGGGGGAACCCCGAGCGGCCCCAACCCCUCCGCCGCUCAACCGGCCCGGGAUCAACCAGCCCAACAACAGGGGGGUUCGGCAGCACCGCACACCCCGCAAACACCAAGCCAACCAGGACCCCCAUCCACACCGGGUACGGCCGGGGACAAGGGAACAGGUCAGCAAGGCUCGGGGCAGAGCCAGCAACACAUCGAAUGCGUGGUGUGCGGGGACAAGUCCAGCGGCAAGCAUUACGGCCAGUUCACCUGCGAGGGAUGCAAAAGUUUCUUCAAGAGGAGCGUCCGCAGGAACUUAACUUACACAUGCCGCGCCAACAGGAACUGUCCCAUCGACCAGCACCACCGCAACCAGUGCCAGUACUGCCGCCUCAAGAAGUGCCUCAAAGUGGGCAUGAGGCGGGAAGCGGUUCAGAGAGGAAGGAUGCCGCCCACUCAACCCAACCCCGGCCAGUACGCCCUGACCAACGGGGACCCCCUGAACGGGCACUGCUAUCUCUCGGGAUACAUCUCCCUGCUUCUGCGGGCCGAGCCCUACCCCACCUCUCGCUAUGGCAGCCAGUGCAUGCAACCCAACAACAUCAUGGGCAUCGAGAACAUCUGCGAGCUGGCUGCCCGCCUGCUCUUCAGCGCCGUCGAGUGGGCCCGCAACAUCCCCUUCUUCCCCGACCUGCAGAUCACCGACCAGGUGGCCUUGCUCAGGCUCACCUGGAGCGAGCUUUUCGUCCUCAAUGCUGCCCAGUGCUCCAUGCCCCUCCAUGUGGCCCCUCUCCUGGCCGCCGCCGGUCUUCACGCAUCCCCCAUGUCGGCCGAUCGAGUCGUCGCCUUCAUGGACCACAUCCGCAUCUUCCAGGAGCAGGUGGAGAAGCUGAAGGCUCUGCACGUCGAUUCGGCCGAGUACAGCUGCCUGAAAGCCAUCGUCCUCUUCACCUCAGACGCCUGCGGUCUGUCGGAUGCUGCUCACAUCGAGAGCCUGCAGGAGAAAUCCCAGUGCGCCCUGGAGGAGUACGUGAGAAGCCAAUAUCCCAACCAACCCAGUCGCUUCGGGAAGCUGCUGCUGAGGUUGCCCUCCCUGCGCACCGUUUCCUCCUCCGUCAUCGAGCAGCUCUUCUUCGUCCGCUUGGUAGGUAAAACCCCCAUCGAGACCCUCAUCAGGGACAUGCUACUGUCGGGGAGCAGCUUCAACUGGCCUUACAUGUCCAUCCAGUGCUCCUAGAGCCCGGCCCGCACCCCCGGGCAGAGAAGGAUGCGGAGGAAGCGGCGGCGGCGGUAGUGGUGGGCAUCGUCCCGAGAAGGGGGCGAGUCGGGGUGCGGGGGUGGGGGGGUGCCCCGGGAGGCGGACACUGAACAAAAGAAAGGGGCCGAGUAGGAGCAAGAGGUGUGGCCGUGGUGGUGGUGGUAAGGGAGAUGGAGAGGAAGGACCUCGGGUCCGGUGGAGGUUGUGGUGUUUUUGGCUUUUUUUUUUUUUUUCUUUUAUUUGGGUUUUUUGGCCUUUUCUUUUUAUUUUUUUCUCUGGAGAGGAGGAAAAAAUACUUAAACAAUAAUAAAUAAAAGAGGAAAAAAAAAGGCAAAAAAAAUAUUAAAAAAUACAAAAAAAAAUUAAAAAAUGAGUAUUGAGGGGAUAUUAAUCAAACCUGAAGGGGAUACUGGAUCUUCCAGGAUUUAUUGUGGACUGUUGUUGAUAUAUGCUGUACAGUAACAAAAAAAACAAAACAACAAAAAAAAUCCAAAAAAGCGAUGAAGCUGAACUGAACCUUGUGCAGAAUGAAAAGCAAAUAAGCAGACAAAACCAACAACAACAACCAACCAACAACAACAACAACAACAAAAAUUCCACACACACAACCACUUACCACGAGCAUUGUUACUCAUUUUGUAAAAUACUAGUCUUUAUUUUCAUUUUUUGUAAAACUUAAAACAUCGUUAUGCGCAUAAAGGAAGGGGGUGGGGGGAGAAAGAAGGAAAAAAAAAAGGAAGAAAAAAGAAAGGAACAAGAAUUAGGGGAAAAUAACAUUUUCCAAAUAAUUAUAAAAAAAAAAAAAAAGAAAAAAAAGAAAAAAAAUAAUUGUCCUGUGUCUAUGUAUCUAUAUCUGUUUUGUAUUUUUUUCUGGUUCCAAACCAGGUUUUCCUGUGAUUCUAUACUAAUAAUUUUUGAUAUAACCCUUUGCUUCUUAUAAUGAGUGCGAUUAUAUGUUGUCAAAGCUGUUCUUCAAGAAUUAAAAUUGAAAUGAGAAUUUAAACAAAAAUAAAAGAAUUUAGAAAAAAACAAACAGACAAACAAACAACAAAACCAAACUUAUCACCCCACAACCCACGAGUCUUGUUGCUUGACACAUGCCAACAGUUCACCCAAAAAAAAAAUUACUUAAAUUGAAAGGAAGAAAGACAGACAUGUAAAAAAAAAUAAUGCAGCAACAAAUCUCCCUGGAUUUUUAAUCUCCUACCCUGGUGUUAAAAGGGAGAUGUUAAAACAAAAACAAAACACCAAAAAAAAAAAAAAACCCACAACUUGUAAGGGGUAACCAAGUUGUGUAAAGCCAAGUGAUGUCCCCUGACUGGUUGGACUGUAUAUGAAUUUAGGGCUGAGCUACCAAGGCCUAGGAAGAGUGAGGCCCAGUGCAAUACCAUGGUUGACCUUUCCACGCUGCUGCUGCGCUACAGGUUUCUCCGCCAGGGCUGGUGGGCCCUUCACAGUGGCCUACACCUUUUCUUUUUUUUAUUUUAAACAUCUUUUGCCAUCAGCUGGAGUUUCUGCCGAGUUCACACCUUGCUGCUUGCUCAUGGGCACAAUGGUCACGGAUUGAAGUCGCUGUAUGCCACCAUUGCUCAUUGCUGGCAUAAUGUAGCCAUGACUCUUGCUGGGUGCAGGUCUUCUGCUUUUAAGGGGAUUGGAGUGGGGUGGAAACAUUCUUUGGUGGUGUUGGGAUUUUUUUCUUCUUUCAUCUUCUUUUCCACCCCAAAGACUUACAGACUCCCAGCCUUGCUGUCAGCUGGAGCAUCCCUCUCACUAUUUCUUCAGACUCUGGUCGCUGAGCGUGGAGCAUGUUCCCAACCCAUUCAUAUAGAAAUCCAACUGGAUGAUGGCUUAUUGGGUGGAAAGCCAGUCUGCUCCUUGUGUGCUCAUGUGCAGUGGGUUGUGGCCCUCCCUUCCCCAGUCCACUGUUGGGUGCUAGAGCCAAAAGUCCUGCUGUGUUUCGGCUCACCCCUUUUUUUUCCUUUUCUUUUUUUUUUUCUUCAAUGAAAACUAAAAAACGGUUUCUGUAAUGGAGCUCCUUUGAAGGUAAAGGUUUCACAAUGCUUCUAGUUGGUGGUGCAGAUCUCUGUAACAGCUUUUAGUGCAUUAAUGUUUUAUGGGAUCUGAGAUGGAGCUGUAAGAACACAUACUACCAAGGGAGCUCUUCCUUAACGUAUUAAUAAAGCUGGAUCUUUAAAAAUAACAUAACCCCCUCCUAUUCUCCUGCACGCAGACACCUCCCAUACCCUCCAAACAAGCCUGGAUGAGGCAAGGCUUUUCAGUUUGAGGAGUCAUGGGCAAUGUUUUCCUUUUAAUUUACUGUCCUCCAUACUCUCCUUCUCUCUCCCUUCCCUUCCCUCUCUCUCUCUCUCUCUCUCUCUCUCUCUCUCUUCUUUCCCUUGCAUUAACAAGAUCCUUCAAUCCAACCCGCUUGGGGUUUUUAAUAUUCCAGGCGCAGCAGAUCCGAGGUGAGAGCAGCUCUCUAUACAGUAGGCACUUAUAGCUGGAUAAUCAACACCACCACAGGCAGGUCCUCAACGAGGGUAGAGCCCAUUUCAGGGUGGGGAAGUGGCCCCUGUUCACAGGUGCUGUGUGUGUGGUGGUGGUGAUGGUGGUGACACAUACACCACAGGGGUGCGUUCAAAGCUGGGUACACAAGGAUGGGAGUUUGCUCCCUCAUAGGCUGCUGCAUAGGGGAUAGAUUUGCUGCUUCUGCUUCUAAUUGCCUCCUCUCCACCCUGGAAAAGGAAAGAGAGAGGAGUCCAGCACCCUGUCUAGUCUCUCAGAAGGGAGUGAGAGUGAGGGAAGAUGCUCAGCCCUGAAAGGUGCUAGAGAAGCUCUUCAGCAUUGCUUUGUGGUGGGGUGGGUGAGUGGGGACCCAGAUGGGUCAAGAAGUUAAAGAAAAGAAGAAAUAUUUUUUUAAAAAAUCUACAAAAUGAAAAAAGCAAAACCAAAAACACCCACAGAGGAAAGAGGGGGAAAAAAAGAAAAGAAAAAAAAAAGACAAUAAAACAAGGAAAACCCACCCAAAAACCCAAAACAAACAAAAAAACCCCAACAAACCACCAACCACACAGCGAAGAAAAUCCAUCAAAACCCCCAACAAAACAGCAAAACAACAACUAAUAUUAAUUAAACCAAACAAAUGGGGAUAUCGGAAGUGAAAGACAGGUCUUGGUUUCUUCCAAUGAGAUGUAAAUAUAUUCAUUACAGUGUUAUCCCACUGAUGAAAACAGUUAAAUUUCCCCCACUCCAUCCCUCGUAGAUCAGAAACGUAUUUUUAAAUUAAUUUUCAUAUUUAUGAAUAACAAUAACAAAUCCACAGAUUGCCAAGAAACUUGCAGGUGUAGAGGAGGUGUACAAGAUGCACUUAUUUCCAUGUAUGUGCCUAGAAAGAAAGUGUUUCAAUCCCUUAUUAAACUUUGCUUAUAAGACA